GUUGAAAGGUGUUGCGAAAAUUUUUUAUUAUUUUUUUCGAAUGACAAAAUAUCAUUUUGUUUUAAUUCGACUCGUCGUGCAGCGGCCGACGAUCCGAAGUGUUCACCGUUGUACUGACUCACUACCACCACUGCUGUAGCCGUGACCACCACCAUCGCAACUGUGAAAUCGGAUUUUAAUUUUUUUUUUAACUCGUCUCUUGGUGUAUAUUUUGCUUACGGUACCGUCUGUGCUAUUCGACCAAUCUCGCGCCGCAGUUCGUCGUCGCCUGUCAGAGUGCGUGGUUAUUUCGUUGCGUUCACCGCCGACACGUCUAAAUGGGAAGCGUGAACAACGCUGUCCGUUGCGGUUUCAUAUGUCGUCUGUGUUCGAAAAUCGACAAGCGCGUAGUGCACAUCUAUGGCGAACUGGGAAGAAAGUACAAUUUGGUGCAAAAGAUCAGAGAUUACUUGCCCAUAAAGAUAAAGUCCUCUGACGGUUUACCUCUUACAUUAUGUAUAUCGUGUGUACAAAGAUUAAAUCGCAGGCACACUUUACAAAUGGCAAUAAAGCAUAGUAGUGCUCGUGUUGCAUCUCAUACUAAGGUACAAUCCACUACAGCAAGACGAGAAUUGAAUCAACAUCAACAAAUACAAUUAAGUUCUGCUGCUAUUCAGUCACUUUGAUUUUUAUCUUUUGUUGUACAUACCUAUUUUUUUUCCAAUGAAGACUGUUAUAAAAAUUGAGUUCAAAACACAUGAGAUGUAUAAUGAAUACAAAUUACUGUAUUCAUAUGUUAACUAACAGUCUCAUCUGUGAAUUACAAAAUGUGUUUUACUAACGGUUUUUAUUAGAUUUAAGUUGAGCAAUAAGGUUAUUUAACAAAAAUAUUUU